UCCACAUCCAAGCCAACCCAUUUCAAAAGUAGUACAGUAAUGAAAGCGGUGUCGGUGUUAAGUGUCUUGGCCACGGUAGUUUCUGUCCAAGCGUGGUGGGACAAUGGCCAUCAAUUGGUCGGCGAAGUGGCGACUCAACUUUUAGCCAAGGAGGAUGUCGCUACGAUCCAAAGCGUGCUCGGAACGUGGAACGACGACUACCCCAACACGGGCGAGAUCACAACCGCCACGAUCUGGGCAGACCUGAUCAAGUGUGAAUCGGUGAAAUCCACCUACUGCCCGUCCCCCACCAAGCCGGCCGUCAGGUACAUGGAUGACUGGCACUACGUCAACCUGCCCACCAACGUCAACGGGUCCGACUGGCAUGGCCUCACCUCGAAAGACGUGGACCUGCUAAUUAAAGCGAUUCUGGACGGCCGCGGCCUGUACACGCUGCAGCAGUCGCUCCGAACUAUCGCCAAGUCCAAGUCCGCGUGGUCUGCUAACUUUGUCCUGCGCUUCUUUCUGCAUGUGUUUGGUGAUGUCCACCAGCCGUGCCACUCGACCGUGGGCAUCUCGGACAAGUUUCCAGACGGAGACGUCGGCGGCAACUUGUACAGAUUCGUCCAGCCGUGCUCGGCGUCCAACUUGCACGCGAUCUGGGACAACGCGGCCGGCACGUUCACCUCCAACUGGCACCCGACCAGCCUCCCCGGAAGUCCCGACCGCCUCGCGCUCACUGCCAACGCUACCGCACUCCUCCAAAAGUACGCCGACAAGCCAGACGUUCUCAACUACGCCCAAUAUGCCAAGCUCUCGUACGCAGACUUUGCCAAGGCCGUGGCCACGGACAAGGUGCUCGAGAAGACCUUCUUGGACACCUACGACGUUGCCCGUAGUGUCGUGUAUGUGGGUUUGGACUUGACCAACUGGACUGAAUCGAAAGUGGCGUGUCCGUCCGCCGCCUACCAAGCCACGUUGGUGGCCACCGUCGAAGCGCGCAUUGUGCUUGCUGGGAAGCGUAUGGCGGUGGUGCUCGCGCAAUUCGCCAAACAGUUUCGAGCCCAAGGCUUGGCCCCAUAAAUAUAUGCCCAUCGUGUGUAGCGAUAUAUAUGAACAGUAUAUUACGCCUAAACGGCUAGCAUGUUGUCCACCAAAUCGGCAGUUGGACACGGGUGUAGGGUUUAGUGUACGACACAUGUAAAAGUAG